AUGGAGGAGGUGCUUGGCCGGGAGCAGGAGUUGUGGAGGAUCCUCAGCUACAUCGCUGCAGCAGAGAACCAUGACGCAUCCACCAGCCUGAUCCAAGACCAGGACCAAAACGGCACCCCGAACAACCGCAAGAGCUGGAGCCUGUACGGCUGUUACAGUGCGCGGGGGAACUCUGACGGUCAUCCAGGGACGCCACGAUCACUGGGGCCAAUCGCAGCUGCCAAUCAAGUUCGCAACUCUGACGCGCGCAACGACAUGAACGGCCAGUCGACAUUCCCAUAG